AUGGUGGAACAGCUCUACAACGCCUGUCUCGACAGAGUCAGUGAAUACAAAUUCAAGCUGCCCGCAUCAAAACUCAUUGAAGGAAACCAUGAUCUGAUCGAUGAGGGUCGAGACAGCUCAGCCGAGGUUCACAGAACCAUUGCAUACGUAGAAGAAACAACGGCCGCUCAGCCACAUGCCCCUUCGGUGUCAGAACAGAACAUGACGCCACAGGUUGAUAUGGUCCCAGUCUCGUCUGACAGAUUGACUGGACGAGUGCAUGUUGAGCCCGGCACACCCGGUUCAACUACAGCAGCCCACAAAGCUAAGUCGAUUGGCUGGACUCUAAAGCCAGAUGUCACUGAAGCAAAGGAUUUCGACCUUGAUACACUAUCCAAAGACCCGAGUGCAACCCUAGGGUCUAUGAUGGAUGAGGCCAUCCGACAGUACAAGGACAUCGUUGACCUGAAUCCCCAAGAUUUUAGGUUGCUCAAUUGGCAUAUUGCCAACUUGGAGUACAGCAACGCAACAAAUUAUAACAAGCUCAGUCUCCAGGGCUGGGACAUAGAUGCCGGGAACGAGUGGGAGGGUAAGCACACGAUGGUUGUUGGUGGCUAUCAGAGUGUUGCUCGUGGACUCUUGAUGUGCCCGACCCCACUGAAUGUCCGUCACAAGGCGGCUGUCAAAAGGAUAAUGUAUCACACAGAAGGAACAACCGGCCCGGCAAGGAUCGAAUGCGAAGAUGGAACCGUUGUGGACGCAGACUUCAUUGUGAACACUAUACCCCUUGGAGUUCUGAAACAUGGCAAUGUCGAAUUUCAACCUCCUUUGCCGUCAUGGAAAUCCGAUGCUAUCAGGCGCCUAGGCUACGGGGUGCUCAAUAAAGUCAUUUUGGUCUACAAAGAACCAUUUUGGGAUCAAGAUAGAGACAUCUUUGGUAUUCUCUCAGAUCCUCCUCAUCGGCUGAGCCUUGAUCAGAAGGACUAUACGUCAAGGCGAGGCAGAUUUUUCCAGUGGUUCAAUGCCACGAAUACUACCGGUCUGCCGUGCCUGCUUGCACUGAUGGCCGGAGAUGCGGGCUUCGAUACAGAGCAGACUCCUAAUGACGAUCUCAUCGCAGAAGCUACAAAUGUUCUUCGCAGCCGCUUUGGAGACAAAGUCCCUCCGCCAAUUGAGGCGGUCGUCACCAGAUGGGCCUCGGACAAGUUUGCCAGAGGCAGUUACUCAUCCGCCGGAGUCAACAUGCGAGCGGAGGACUAUGAUAUCAUGGCUCGUCCGAUUGGCAACUUAUUCUUCGCUGGUGAACACACUAUCGUUACGCAUCCUGCUACUGUUCACGGCGCCUACUUGUCCGGGCUCAGAGCAGCCUCUGAAGUACUUGAGGCUCUUAUCGGCCCCAUCGAGGUUCCAAACCCCCUAAUUAUACCAAAAGAGACAUCAUCAUCCCUGAAACGCAAGGCACUAGAAGGCAACAAAGAUCCCGCUCAAGCUCGUCUAGAGGCCUACGAGCUGGAUGUUUGGCAACAUAUCUAUUCCAAGCUCGGCUACCGUCCGCUGAAACCAUCCAAGGUUGCAGGCAAUGCCUACCUACUAUACAACAAGGCAAACUACGACGUAGCUCGUAAGAAGUGCGAAGAAGGUCGUCGGGCCGGAAAGGGCAAGCCCUCGCCAAACGAAGUGCGAGUCAUGACUUCGAAGAUGUGGAAAGAAGCUACCAACGAGGAGCGGAAGCCGUAUGACGAACAGGCAGACGAGCAGAAGAGAGCUCACGCGCAGGCAGUUAAGGACUGGACGGCAGCUGCGGCGAAAUGGGACCAAGAUGCACUGGAGGUGCGGGCUGCAUACGAAAAAGAACAUCCAAGUGUUCCCACAGCGGAGGAGCAGACGGUUGCAGCCGCCGGUCCAGACAGUGGUCGUCGCAUCAAGAUCGAGAGUUCUGCUGGGAAUGCCGACAGAGACAUCGACAUGGCUGCAUAA